AUGCCAUCCGAACACUUCCCUGCCUCAAAUGGGAUGCUGCCUUACUGGCGCACAGAGCCCCAUCGGCUCGAUAACUUUCGGUCCACAGAAGCUCUGCCGAAGGAGAGCGAUAUCGUCAUUGUGGGUGCUGGAUAUGCAGGCUCUUCUCUUGCUUAUCAUAUACUUGAUCAAGUUCCGCCUGGAGACAAGCCCCCUUCUAUCACCAUUUUGGAGGCGCGACAGGCAUGUUCUGGGGCGACAGCCCGAAAUGGAGGCCAUAUGAAACCUGAUAUCUACAACUUUGUCGCUACUAUCGAAGCAGAGCAUGGUGUCGAAGCCGCAGCAGAGGUUGCAGCAUUCGAAGCAAACCAUGUCCAUGCCAUCAAGGACUUUGUUGAUAAGGAGAAAAUUGACUGUGACUAUACAGUCACCAAAGCGAUCGAUGUGCAAUUAAGUUCGGAUCAUUUUCAGAAGCUUAAGAACGGGCAUGUGCGGUUGGUUUCGAAUGGAAGCGAACCAACUAAGCAGGCUCGCUUUGUGAAUGCUGAGAACGCGGAAUCGUUCUCGAGUGUCAAAGGCGCAGUUGGCUGUGUUACAUACGAUGCCGGCAGUAUCUGGGCUUACAAGUUCGUGCUCCAUAUCUUGGAGAAAGUAGUCUCGCAAGGCGUGAAUCUGCAGACUCAUACGCCCGUGUCUAAAAUCACAAAAUCAACCAAUAAUUCACCGUCUUCUGCAAAGUGGGCCGUGCAGACUGCGCGCGGCACUAUCACCGCACAAAAGGUGAUCCUUGCGACCAAUGCCUAUACCUCCGCUCUCGCACCACAAUACCAGAACAAGAUUGUUCCCGUUAGAGGGACGUGCUGUCGAAUUGCCGUUCCUCCAGGAUCCACUGCCCCGCGCUUGACGAGUACUUAUACCUUGCGGUGGAAUAGUUGGGACUACGAUUAUCUGAUCCCUCGUGCGGAUCGGAGUAUCGUCGUGGGAGGUGCCCGAACGGCUUUCAUUGACAAGUUGGAUAACUGGUACAAUGUCAGCGAUGACAGUCGCGUUCUGGAGAGUGCCGUACGCUAUUUCGAUGGCUACAUGCAGAGGAAUUUUGUGGGAUGGGAAGAUAGUAAUGCGUACACUGAUCGGGUGUGGACUGGCAUUAUGGGAUACUCGUCUGAUGGAUUACCGCACAUCGGGUCGGUUCCUGGACAGAAAGAUCAAUAUAUUUUGGCUGGAUUUACUGGCCACGGGAUGCCACAGAUCUUUUUUGCGGCGGAGGGUAUUGCGAAGAUGGUGGUGGGUGGUAUGACAUUCGAAGAGACUGGUCUACCCCGGUUAUUCAAGACGAGUCAGUCGAGACUUGAUAAGCAGGAGAACAAGAUACUCAAGAGCGCGCCUCAAAGUGGAUCCUCGCAGGCCAAGCUAUGA